AUGGCUUCGAACCCCCCCGCGCGAUGCUGCACUAUCGGUGUUAAGCAUGAAGGCGAGCCGACUGGCAAGGCAGUUCGUGUUGCAGACAAGCACGAUGCGUACCUCGCGACCCCACCUGCCGACAAGGAGCACAAGGGCGUCGGCAUUUUGAUCAUCCCAGAUGUCAUUGGCAUCUGGCAAAACAGCCAGCUCAUCGCCGAUCAGUUCGCCGCCAAUGGCUACUUGACCUUGCUGCUUGACGUCUUCGAGGGCGACCCCGUGAAAUUGAACCGCCCUGCCGGCUUCGACAUCAUGGAGUGGCUCACCAAGGGUACCGAUGGUAAAACCCCGCACACUAAGGAGGCUGUUGACCCCAUUAUCCUGGACGGCAUCAAGGCGUUGAAGGAGGAAUACGGCAUACAGAAGAUUGGUGCGGUCGGCUACUGUUUCGGAGCCAAGUAUGUUGUGCGGCACUAUAAAAACGGCAUCUCCGUCGGCUAUGUUGCCCACCCCUCGUUCGUCGACGAGGAUGAGCUGGCCGCCAUCACCGGUCCCUUCGCCAUCUCCGCCGCCGAGACAGAUAGCAUCUUCACGAAUGAGAAGCGCCACCGAUCAGAAGAAAUUCUCAAGGAGGUCGGACAACCGUACCAGAUCAAUUUGUACUCCCAGGUCGUGCACGGCUUCGCCGUGCGUGGCGAUAUGUCCAUCCAGGCCGAGAGGUUCGCGAAGGAGCAGGCCUUCCUGCAGGCGGUGACCUGGUUUGACGAGUUCCUCCUCUAA